AUGAAUGAACUCCUGUUAAGAGAGGAGUAUGGCGUGCUCAAAUCACGGUGUGAUGACCUGUCCAAGCAGUUCGGCACUUUGACGGAAGACCUUCAGGAACUGCAACAAUACAGCAGAAUAGACAAUCUAGAGAUCGUCGGAGUCCCCCUGACUAAGGACGAGGAUGUCUACGUAGUGCUGCAAGCAGUCGCCAACGCUAUAAAGACGCCCUGGAGGCGUGAUGACAUCUCUAUCGCGCACCGAGUACCUUCGAGUCGCCAGCGCUUCCCCAACAUCAUCGUGCGCUUCAUCAGACGGACUGCCAAGCAUGCAUGGAUCAGCUCAGCCAAAGAUCUUCCAGAGAACCUGACAGCCUUCAUGGUCCACCGAAGCUUCCCCAACUCACCUGUCUUCAUAAACGAACACCUGUCAGCUCACAGUAAGGCAACAUUAAACCACGCCAAGACAUUAGUCAAAGAGAAACGUUUAGCAUUUGCAUGGGUGAAGGAAGGUAAAAUACUUGUGAGGAAGACACCUAACGAGAGACCGAAGCGAGUGAGGAGCGUCAAGGACGUGGAGGCGGCAGCGGGGGCGGCGGUUCAGCAGAAGCAGACCAACGACGAGGACAAUGGUGAAGAAACAGCCGAAACAACGGACAGGUGUGAAGAUCGCAGUGGCCAGGAUGUGUAA